ACUUCUAUGGUAAGAAGAAUGACUUUGUAUUUUUAUUUGCAGGCGAGGAAUCCUUGAAAACGUUUGCGUGGUACUGGACAUAAGUGGACUAUGUGGCGCAAUCAACAUUGCAGGACCUGUUUGUGGUAUUUUGGAUACCUUUGCAAACCUAGCAAAUGAUUCUGUUCAAGAGAUUAAAAGUCUUCUUGACAAAAUGACCAAUUUCUUUGUGUUUGGCCUGAAUACCACCUUUGACAUCAGCGGUGAUAUCAAUUCGUCCCAGACUAGUGAACAGAUCAUCAAUAACGUAAAGGCAGACAUUUUAUCAAAGACGACUGUUGUACUCUAUUACGCUAAGAUCAUCGGACAAGUGCUGGCAUGUUCACUUAUCUUACUACUUCUCCGGUCGUUUUUGUAUCUAAGUAAAUGGAGAGCAAAGGAAGCAUACGACAACAUCUACAUCACUAAAGAGUUCGCAAGAUAUGAUGCGAAACGCAAGAAUUCAGGGAAGGAACAUAUCCUUCCUCUAAAACAAAGAGAGAAACACAAAUACAUUGUAACCAACUCCAUUCUGAUGGCUCCGUUGGAGUUAAAAACAUGUCAGAAAGGAGCAGUCAUGAUAGGACGGAGUCUUCUGAUAUCCACAAUUAUUAUCGCCAUUGACUACGCUCUCUAUUACCUUCUGGUCCUCAUUGAGACCUACGGGAACAUUAACGUCAAUGUGUCCGGUACAGGUGUCAUCAUGCUGAAUGUCGAAGGCAGCAGCAUCAUGGCGGUAAUUCUACGCCAACUGGCGUCGGCUGUUGCCAUUGACUACGACUAUAACAUUGACUUUAACAUGACAUAUUGUUUACCAAACCCACAUGAACCUGACACAAGGACAAUCUACCUUGUUGUUUUCUUAUACCUGAUGGCAUUUGCAAUGAUGUUCAUGCAGGCGUACGGUUUACGCAUCAGAAGAAAAGUGGCAGCACAUUUCUAUCCGGAGGUCGAGUUCGACAGAAUACAAUAUCUUCACUCCAAGAUACGCAUUAAAAGAAGAACACUGGUGGGUUGGAUUGCCCAUCUCCUGACUUCACGGAGGAAAGAGAAGGAUGUUUCCGAGAGGAUGACCUUGGGAUCCUGGUUUUAUUACACCUGUCCAUUCAUGGCCAGUAUGUGUGAUUGUCAACCAGCAAAAACUAUCUGUUUGAAUUGUGACAGGGAGAGUGAUGGUUUGUUAAAAUUCCACAUUUGCCAGACUAAGGGAUGUGAUUCUGUCUACUGCACACCAUGUUUCAGGGAAAUGAAUGAAAUCUGUCAAGUUUGUAAAAAGAAAUACAACUUUUAAAUUGGCAUCAUUAAAAUUUGUCAGAUUAUGUUGAUGUGUGAGAGUUAGACACUGUGGGGGACACAGCAGAUUAGUUAACAUAAUGAUGUGGCAUUUUACUCUUAUUCAUUAUAUAAAAUAUGUAUUAUCGUUUUGCUAUCAGUAAAAUAAAGUACAUUAUAUAAAUAUUGGUAAACAUUUCCUGAACUACUGUCUGUAUCAGUGAGGAUGUCAGUACAGGUACAGGACAUUGUCUGUACCAGUGAGGAUGUCAGUACAGGUACAGGACACUGUCUGUACCAGUGAGGAUGUCAGUACAGGUACAGGACACUGUCUGUACCGGUGACGAUGUCAGUACAGGUACAGGACACUGUCUGUACCGGUGAGGAUGUCAGUACAGGUACAGGACACUGUCUGUACCGGUGAGGAUGUCAGUACAGGUACAGGACACUGUCUGUACCAGUGAGGAUGUCAGUACAGGUACAGGACAUUGUCUGUACCGGUGAGGAUGUCAGUACAGGUACAGGACACUGUCUGUACCGGUGAGGAUGUCAGUACAGGUACAGGACACUGUCUGUACCGGUGAGGAUGUCAGUACAGGUACAGGACACUGUCUGUACCGGUGAGGAUGUCAGUACAGGUACAGGACACUGUCUGUACCAGUGAGGAUGUCAGUACAGGUACAGGACACUGUCUGUACCAGUGAGGAUGUCAGUACAGGUACAGGACACUGUCUGUACCAGUGAGGAUGUCAGUACAGGUACAGGACACUGUCUGUACCAGUGAGGAUGUCAGUACAGGUACAGAGCACUGUCUGUACCAGUGAGGAUGUCAGUACAGGUACAGAGCACUGUCUGUACCAGUGAGGAUGUCAGUACAGGUACAGGACAUUGUCUGUACCAGUGAGGAUGUCAGUACUGUCUGACUACCAGAGUCGAUGUCAGUACAGGUACAGGACAUGUAUUUAGAACAAGUUUGACGUAUCAUUACACAAGUGUUGUUACAGUUAUAUAAAAUACUCUAUAGAUAUCUAUAUAUAUAUGUAAUAAAGUGAUGAUUAUUUUUUGGUAAUUAGUAAAAAACACCAUUAUGCUGGGUAAUGAUAUCAACAUGGUACAAACCAUGGACAGUCAUAAUACUAAAAUGUUUUCUAUAAAAACAUCCACCAAGGGAGAUGGCAUGUGUUCUGAAUUAAAAUUAUCAAAAAAGGACAGUUCAAAAACAUUUGACAAACGUAUCAACGUAAAAUUUAAAUACAAAUAUGAAGUCUGAUAUUCAACUUUUAAAUGAAUUGUGAUGUUUUGCGAAUCAAUCUUGCACAGUAUGUAUUUUUAGCGAUCAGGGUAAGGCAUUCACUUUUAUAUAGUACAUAUUUUUUAACAUAAUUGAUGAUGAUGCUUUAUUGCUGUAUGACUUGUUUGUGUCUCAUAAGCCAAUUAAUGACUAGGUAUUUUAACCAAGCUAGUUUUGUAUAAAGAUGUGUAACAUAUUUAAAUAAAAUAUCCUAUUGUAUUACAUGUACAUUGUACCUGGAUUUUUGAAAUUAUGAUUAAUGAAAAUGUUUUACCUAUAAUUGAAUUCAUAUAUAUCAUAAAAUCUUCUUCCAAAAUAGGGAGAAUUGGCAAGUAUACAAUUAAGUACAAUGUAAUAUAUGAACAAAUGUAUGUAAAGGGAGUUAACUGCUUUAGGACUAUAACAUGAUUGAUCAAGGGGAGGUAACUAUCAUAUUGUCAUGAUUCUCACAACUACUACUAAUAUUACAAAUGUUUCUAAUUAAAAAUUGUAGUGUGUUAUGAAUGUUUCUUAUUUAAAUAUUGUAAUGUCUUAACAAAUGGUUCUAACCUAAAUAUUGUU